CUUGUCUGAUCUCGUUUCUUUGCUUGCAGAUAAGGCCGGCGUCGUGGAACCGAACCUUUACACCAGCUCUUUCAACAAACUGGCUUUCCCUUUUUGAUUGCAGUCUGAAUAAAGUUGAUCGCAUCGCGAAGGAGAAGGAGAAAACGAAAAGAACGGGAGCCCACUUUUUUUUCCAUGCAGGUGUUGUACUGUGUACCACACCGCUCCUCUCUUUAAUCUUGCUUGUCUUUGGUGUCGCAAAGUUCAACCUUUUCGAUCGACGAAAACGCACAAAUUUCCGGUUGGCGCAAACGCAGGUUUCAUGUGUGGCUGGUCUUUUUAGUUAUUAUUUUUGUUAUACAGAAGGAUACACGAAUUACCAGCUUUUUUGCGCCAUAGAGCAACACACAGGGAGCAACAGGUUUCCACACUCGAGUAACAAAGACCACCGAGGGUCGUCAAACACUUUGAGCGAGAGAGAUCCACGACGCUACGAACGAACCCCGCCCGAGACAUUCUUGGAGUUGCGCGCGCAUAGCACACACAAACGCUACCACUACCCAACACCACACCAGAACCCUUUUCAUAAACCAUAUUUGAGGCGAAACACCCAGAUAAAAACGAUCGCAUGAGCAGCUACGUUGAGCUCUCCGGCUUCGGCCGGCCCCGCCGGGGAUCCUCCGCCGCGAGCGACACGAGCAGCGCCGGCACAGUUACCCGCGGACAGGACAGAGAACAAGAGCUAGGGAGCAUGUACGACUACUUGGCCAAAAUCAUACUGCUAGGUCCAAGCGGGACUGGAAAGUCCUGUCUCCUCCAUCGUUUCGUCAAGUCCGAGUGGCGCGUGCUAUCCUCCCAGACUAUCGGCGUCGAGUUUGCCUCGAAGAUCAUCAAAGUCGGUACCGGCGCAAGGAGGAAGCGAAUCAAACUCCAGCUUUGGGAUACCGCGGGCACGGAAAGGUUCAGGUCGGUGUCGAGGUCGUACUAUCGGGGCGCGGCGGGCGCGAUACUGGUGUAUGAUGUCACCAGCCAUGCGAGCUUCAACAGUCUGCAGCCUUUUCUGAACGAUGCGAGGGCGCUGGCGAGUCCGAAUUUGAGUCUGUUGUUGGUGGGGAAUAAAGUCGACUUGGCGGCUAGCCAGACGGGAGCGUACUCGGAUUAUGAGGAUAAUGAUGACUGGGGGAGAGACAAUAGGCUAGGAGUAGGGGGUGGGAGGGGUGGGGGGUUGCCGACGCCGAGCAGUAUCGCCAGUAGCAGUGUUACUUCUUUUCAGACUACGACGACGACGAUGACGGAUCGGACUGAGCAAGGGGGGAGGGGUCAGCAGACACCGAUGGUGCCGAGUUCGUAUUCUAGUAUGUCGACUAUUCACCCGGGGCUGGGGUCACAACUGAAGGCGACGAUUGCGCCGGAUGGGAGGGAGGUCGGCGCGGUUGAGGCGUCGAGGUGGGCGAACAUGGUGAACAUUCCUGUGACGAUGGAGGUUUCGGCGCUGAGUGGGGAGGGUGUGGAUGAGGUCUUUGGGAGGUUGGCGAGGAUGAUUUUGACCAAGAUUGAGUUGGGAGAGAUUGAUCCUGACGAUCCGAUGAGUGGGAUUCAGUAUGGUGAUGCUAGCGCGCUGUGGAAUGCUGGCGCAAGUGAUGGCGGGAGCAUCAAGAGCACUUUGACGGCUGAUGACGUUGGCGUCGGGGGAAGAAGGAGAAGGGGAAAGCCAAAACGGAUGGGACAGGGUGGGCUGAGAGAAUGGGAGGAAGUUUUCACGCUGACGGGAAGGAGAAGAAACAGGGGGUGUUGUUGA